AUGGAAAAACUUUUACUUGUAAGCAUGAUGCAUUGUACAGUAUCAUCAAUCAAGUCAAUCAAUCACACUCAAGUGCCAAAAUACUUGACGUUCGAUGUAUUGCAUCAAGUACAUUGUAAAAAGUCUGAAAAUCGGCUGAGUGAUGCUAUCAUACCGAAAGUUUACGAUCUUUACAUUCGAGUGGAUAUAAAUUCACAGGUUUUUAACGGAAAUGUGAUAAUAGAUGUUCGCGUUAAUCAUGCUGUUUCAGCUAUUCAAAUGCACAAUAUCGGAUUAAUAAUUAGUGAUAAAGUUUUUGUAAAAAAUGUCACAGACAGUUCUAUUAUUUCGGAAUCCAUAAACAUCACGUAUAAUAAUGCAACUGAGAUAAUGAAUAUUGAAUUAGAUCAGAUAUUAUUAGCUGAUAGUGAUUAUAAAAUUUUGCUAUCAUUUAAUGGACCUAUUGAAUUUGACAUGAAAGGAUUAUACAUGAGCACAUAUUAUGAUGGUGGAAUAAAAUAUAUAGCUACAACCUUUUCUGCGGCAGCAUACGCUCGAAAAAUCUUUCCAUGCUUCGAUGAGCCGAACUUUAAGGCAAAAUUCCGAUUAAAGGUUGCGUGUCCAAAGGAUUUUUUCGCACUAGCAAAUACACAGGUUAUCAACACAGAGCUCAUGCAUGAGUAUGAUGAAAGUUCCGUUUGGAGGAUAACGGAAUUUGAGGAAACAAUACCGAUGUCGACGUACCUUUUGGCCUUUACAGUAUCUAAUUUUAAAAACCUCACCAAUUUGGGUAAUCCGCAAUUUUCUGUCUAUGCAAGUUCAAAAGAAUAUAAAAAUAUGGAAUUUGCAUUAAAUAUUAGUCGUAGUGCAUUGAAGGCAUUGGAGGAAUACACGAUACAUUCAUAUCCACUAAAUAAAAUGGAUUUUAUUGCUAUAGACGAUUUUCUCUAUGGUGCUAUGGAGAAUUGGGGACUUAUCAGCUUCAAAACUUCUCGGAUAGUGAAUCCUGCUGGUAAGAGAAAUCGCAAGAAGAUGCAGGAUAUUAUUAGCAUAAUUUCACAUGAGCUUGUACAUCAAUGGUUUGGCAAUUUAGUAACAUGUGAAUAUUGGGAUUAUGUAUGGCUGAAUGAAGGCUUCGCAUCUUAUCUUGAGUACAUUGUGGCUGAUAUGAUUCUUCCUGAAUGGCGAAUUUUGGAACAGUUUACGACAGAGGAUAUGCAUCCCGUCAUGUUAAAUGAUGUGCGACCAAAAACUCAUGCGAUGACAAGAAAUGUCAACACUCCCGAGGAAAUAACAACAAUUUAUGAUUUUGUUGCAUAUCCAAAGGCAGCAUCUGUUAUCAGAAUGAUGGAACAACUCAUGACUCCGGAAAUUUUCAAAAUUAUGAUUUAUCGAUAUUUAUCUAAUAGAAAGUACAACACAGCAACAGACGAAGAUCUUUAUGAAACUAUUGAUACAUUUCAAGAUCAUUUUGUAAUUUAUAAUCCAAAUUUCCCGAAAUUGUCAGACAUUUUUCGAUCAUGGGCAAAUAAUGAAGGAUUUCCAAUUUUAAAUGUUCAAUACUUAAAAGGCACCGUCACGUCAACUGUACGAAUCUCUCAGGAACUUUUCCUUCCAAAGUUGAAUGAAUCUGAAGAUUCUAGCUUUAUAAUUCCAUACAAUUUUAUUACGUCUGAAAGCGUUAAAGAAAAUGAUUGGAAUCCGGCAUUUAAUGGUAUUUGGAGAUCACUUAAUGGAACUGGAGAUAAUUUUACAUCUAACACACAAGCUGAUUGGAUUAUUUUUAAUAUUCAGCAGACGGGCUAUUAUCGUGUAAAUUAUGAUACCGAUAAUUGGAAUGCAAUAAUUAAUGUACUUGAUAGCAGCACGUAUCGUACAAUUCAUUUUCUAAAUCGUGCACAAUUGUUGGACGAUAGUUUCAAUUUAGCCAAAUCCGGUUAUUUGGACUUUACCAUAAACCUUAAUAUAUUGAAGUAUUUGCGUCGAGAAUAUGAAUUAGGACCAAUAACAGCUGGUUUUAAAGCUAUUCAAUUUAUGCUUUCUCAUCUCGAUGAUCAGCCAUUUUAUGAGGAUUUUAAGAACAUUAUGUUGAACAUAAUUGAUGAGAUUUAUGAGAGAGUAAAUUAUCCAUCACAUCCUGAAUAUCCGACAACAUUCUCCGAAAAUCAUCAUGCGGUGUUGAAGCUCAAGGUUAAUCUUUUUGCAUGUCGCUUUCGGGCAUCAUUGUGUGUUCAGGAUGCUGAUAAAAAAAUGAAUUUUGAUGAUGUGCCGGAUAUUGAUGAUCGUCCGCACUUUUAUUGCGGCAUAUUGAGCAGUAAAUCAUCGCAAAAUCAGUGGAAUAAUUUGUGGAAUCGACUCGGGGAAAUCAUUAAAUCAACAGAGCUUUACCGUGAUAAUCAAGAGGAAAUUAGUGAAAUACUUUAUGCCUUUUCGUAUUGCGACAAUGAUGAAGGACGAAUCAAUAAUCUUUUAAUGAGCAUGUUGAAUACAACUCAGGAAGCUACUAGCAACAAAAUCUCUAACGAUGAUGCUACGUUAGUAAUUGGAAAUUUAAUAAGAGCAAGCAAAAAACAUCGGGAGUUGGUAAUGGACUUUUAUGAAGACCAUUAUGAAGCUGUUAAAGAAACAGUUCCACUUACUGCUGUAUUGAGUGCAUUUGCGGAAGCAAUCAACACUGAAGACCAUUCAGAACGUCUUAAGAAGCUUGCUGCUAACCAUGCCAUUAAUGUUGGUAAAACGAUAGAAGAAAUUGAAAAAAAUAUCCAUUGGAUGUCGAUGAAAGUAUCAGAAAUAGCCACAUGGGUUAAAAAUGAGAAAGGUGCAGCGAUUAAAUUGAACUUUUCCAUUAUGGCCAUCAUAUUUUCUUUUUCAAUAAUAGCUUUGCAAUAAAUAAGAUGUAUUGAAUAGACGGAAGGUAGAGGAAGAGAAAAUGUUUAAAAAGAAAUGAAAUUUUUAUUGCUUGCUGCUUGUCCUGUGUAUGUGUGCUUAAUGGAAAAG